ACGGUCACUUUGUACGACUGUUGCCAUCAAUGAAUUCUAUAGGGUGUUCACAUCUGUAGAGUGCGGUCUUUAUAAUAAAUUUAAAUUUUUGUUGACAUAUUCCACAUAAAAAAACAUAAUCCUUAUAAUAUUUUGUAUACACAUUUUGUGGUUAACUUGAGUUUAUGAGAGAUGGAAGACACUAUUCCUGAUGAAGUGUGGAAAGAUUCUUUCGAUAAAUUGUUGGAUAUUCAACCGAAACUUCGGAACCUGAACAUUAUAAAACACUCAGUAAGGGCUUCGCUAAACAUAGACUCCAGUGUAGAAAAUAGCAAAACAGGCACAGAACUAAAUUCAUCUUUUCAAAACAAGGAGAGUGACUCUCUUGAAUCUUAUUUUCCAAUGUGCUGCAUAUCAACACCCUAUUAUUGUGGCAAGAAAAAAUUUCCUUGCGAGAUGUCUCCGAUUACUGGAAUAAAACUAGAUGGUUUAGAGUGCAACAAAAGAAUUCCUAAAAACACGUUUUAUAAAAAGAAAGUUUAUUUUGAAGACUCUUUAAAAGAGAAUAAAAAUCUCAGUCACAACUGCGAAGAUCAUAAAAAACUUUUAUUAAAACCAGGAAAAUGGCGAAAAUCCCUGAACACUUGGCGCCGAACACAUAAUGUUUUCAAGGAAAAUGGAUGUGUGAGUUCAAAUGGAUCAUGCGUAACUACUAUCAGUAGACCUAUUCAACCAUUCUGUCAACGUAAAUCAGUAUUAAAAAAAACAUUGCUUGGAAAUAUAAAUUUUAAAAAAGAAAUUUUGGAACAAUGCCAACAGAGCAAACCAACUCCAUUUGACUUGGAAUAUGCAACAAGUAAUAUGCUCAAUACUAAAAAAAUAGGUGAAGGCGCGUACGGAGAGGUCUUUAGAUAUACCCUCCAUAAUGGAAAUUAUUCCAACUUUAAAACAGAGGAUGUAGUUUUAAAAAUAAUACCGAUAGAGGGUUCUAUUGAAAUAAAUGGGGAAAUGCAAAAAACAUUUGAACAAAUCUUGUCAGAAAUAAUUAUUUCAAAAAAGAUGCACAGCCUUCGACACGGAAAAAACAACAUUACGAAUGGAUUUGCAAAUUUAAAUAAGGUAAAACUAGUCAGGGGGAAGUAUCCACAACAUUUAAUAAUGGUCUGGAAACUAUACGACGAUGAAAAAAAAUCUGAAAAUGAUCAUCCCCAAAUUUUUAGGGAUGAUCAACUUUUUCUAGUUUUAGAAAUGAAGUAUGCUGGAAUCGAUCUAUCAAAUUAUAUAUUUACAAACGCGGAGCAAUCGUAUAAUGCAUUAUUACAGGUGAUAAUUACUUUGGCUAUUGGCGAGAAAGUAUAUGAGUUUGAACACAGAGACCUUCAUUGGGGCAAUAUAUUAAUCGAAAAAACUGACAAAAAACAAAUUUUAUAUAAGUUUAACGGCCAGAAACUGACUGUUUCUUCAAAAGGAGUAAUCGUUACAAUUAUUGACUACACCUUAUCAAGAGUUACUAUUGAUGAAUGUUGCCAUUUUAAUGAUCUCUCAACCGAUGAUGAACUUUUUUCUGCUACUGGUGAUUACCAAUAUGACAUUUAUCGGAUGAUGCGAAAAGAAUUAGGAAACAAUUGGUCUACUUUUACUCCAAAAACAAAUGUACUGUGGAUAUCAUAUUUAAUUUUGAAAUUACAAGGGAAGGUUAAGUAUGAAAGUGAACACACUAGAACGCACAAAAUAUAUUUGCGGAAGCUUAAGGAUUUGCAUAACAUUAUAUUUUCGUUCAAAAGUGCUGCUGAUUGUUUAAGAUCUUUGUUCAAUUUAUCUCAAUAAAAAUACCGCAAAAUGUCGGUGCCAUGUGUUUAAAAUUUUA